CAGGGUUGCUCUAAACAUUCUGGCUUCGAACGCCGAUGUCAACCGUGCCGGCGAUCAAGAACUUAGCCGCAUGACUGACAGUUUGAAAACGUUGCCAACAUCAGGACGAGCCACUGCAAUCCACAAUGGUGCGCGGCCCAAGGAACGUCCCGUUUCUUGUCAUUGUUCAAACUCUAUAACAGUUGUCGGAUGCCCCAAGUUUCGAGGCCUCAACCGCAUCUGUUCAAUCGGCAUCAGUCUUUUGGUUUCUUUCUUAGCAGCCUUGUAAUACUUUCUUUAACUCCCACCGGUUGGGCUACACUACAUUCCUUAAUCCACAUUGCUGAGCAAUUACAUUCGUGUAUACCAAUCUUCCAGUAAUACAUUCCUUCAAAGCCAGACUCGAAUACGAAGAGCAGACAUCCCUAGCGAACACGACUCACGGCUUUGAUAUACAUAUCACACCAACGCAUAUUCAUCACCCACUCGAUCGAUCACAAAACAUCGCAACAUAUCCACAAUGCUUCACCACCAGCCUCAGAUCCUCUCUCCUCUCCCAGAGAUGAUUUCCCAGAACCCAAACGCAUCUGGUCUUCGUGCUCGUAAGAUGUCUACUGCCGGAAACCGUUCGUGGUCCGAAGAAGAGGAGAACUAUCUGCUUCAGACUCGCAUGCAGAAGAUGCCCUACAAGCACAUUGCUGCUCACUUGAAGAAGACUGAGCUCGCUUGCCGCCUUCACUACCAUCAGUUGUCGCAUGGCAGCCACCGCCGCAGGCGCAACUCUUCGGUCUCAUCAACUGCCUCCUUCGGUUCCGUUGCCCAGUCUGUGUACUCGAUGGGAACCGAUCAGGAUGACUUUUCUCAAUCCUCUCGCCACACUUCGCCAAUGAGCUACACUGGAGGCUCUCACCACAUCAGGUCGACUUCGGCCACUGCAUCCCCUGGUCGCAGCCAGCAUAAGAUCCUCCUUCCCAAGCCCCGCACGCUCACCCCUCAGGGUUCGCCUGAGCCUCACAACGGACUUCGCAUCGAUACCGAGGUUGCCUACCAGCCACGCAUUGUCGACACCGAUCGACUUCGCGCCAUCUACGAGGCUCGCCGCCAGCAGUUUUGGUCUACCGUAGCUGCCGAUUACGGUGCUGAUGUUUCGCCAGCGCAGCUCGAAGAGAUCUGGCGCAACAGCUCCAGCGCUGUUCGCCCACCUACUCCUGAUGCAUCUCCUGAUGGCAGCAUCUUGCACAACCCGGCCCUCAAGCCUUCUGCUUUCCCAUACCCAUCACCCGCUCACAGCGAGCCGAAGCAUUACAGCCGCAUGAACACAAGCGCUGUCUCCGCCCCUGAACGCAUGUCGUACAUGCUCCCCAUGCCCGUUCCCUCCUCUGGACGCGCCCGUGCCGGUACCUGGAGCUCUGCACCCAGGGAUAACAUGCCCAUCGCCAGUCUCCUCACCGAGGACAAGAACCCUCGUCAGUUCUAGACUAGAGUUGCGAACCAACAACUGCUUACGACUUCUUACUUUCGUUCACUCUUAUUACAAGUUUAGUUCUGCGGCGUGUUUGUCGUUUAGUCGGUCUUUUACAAAAAAUUCUGGCGUGUCAAAGUGGAGGUUUAACGAAUCUCAUUUGUCGGCUGAUGAUUGUUUGAAUGGGAGCAUGGUAAGGGCAUGGCGAAUCAAGAUAGCUACAGAGUAUCUAAACAAUC